CCAACACAAGGCAAGAUGCGUUCCGUCACAGUAAAGGAUGUUGAACAAGACAAGAUUGUUAAAACUGUCGCUGCUCACUUAAAAAAAACGGGCAAAGUCAAGGUACCUGAGCACAUGGAUCUUGUAAAGACAGCUCGCUUCAAAGAGCUGGCUCCGUAUGACCCUGAUUGGUUCUAUGUGCGUUGUGCUGCCAUCCUUCGUCAUAUUUACAUUCGCUCACCUGUUGGAGUCAAGACUGUCACCAAGAUCUUCGGUGGGCGCAAACGUAAUGGAGUUACACCUUCACAUUUCUGCAGGUCAUCAGGCAGUAUUGCACGCAAGGCUUUGCAAUCGUUGGAGGCAUUGAAGCUUGUUGAGAAAGUUCAGGACGGUGGUCGCAUUCUCACCACACAAGGUAGACGAGACCUUGACAGAAUCGCUGCCCAGGUUCGUCUAAAGGCCAAGCAGCAGGCUAAGCAACAAGUCAUUGUACUUUAAUUUUAUGCUAAUAAAAAUAUAAAAUUUAAAAA